AUGAUCAAAACACAACCAUCACAUACUUUGACUCUGUCAACAACACAUUUUUCUCCCAAAUCAAGAUGGGGUUUUCCUGCACCAAGGUUCUUCAUCAGGUUCAAGGUUGGGUUUUUGAGUUUAGUUCAAAGCACUAUUUCACAAUUUCGAUUUGCAAGUGUCUGUGUUUAUCAUUGUGUGUGGCAAGAGAUUUGUCACUCCCAAAUCCCAAUCCCUACUGACAGGUGUCGCCGACGAAUUUCCUGCUCGAGUCACCGGACGUCCGUUCUACUCAUCCGGGAGGAGAGAAGCAAAGGAGAAGAUACCAGAGACGAUGCUUUUCGUGUAUCGUGUUUGUUUCCUUUGUUUUUCUCUGGACCGAGCUUCAUCCUGCAUCCGGAUUCCGGCGAUCGACAGAUGAGUAUACGGAGGGGUCUUGGGAGUGAUGGUGAUCAGCAUGUUAUUGAUUAUCUGAAGCGAAUGCAAACAGAGAAUCCAAGUUUCUUCUAUGCAAUUCAAUGCGAUGGUGAGCAAUCUAAUCGGAAUAUCUUUUGGGUUGAUUCAUCGUUCAGGAUGAAUUACAGUUAUUUUGGUGAUACUGUUAGAUUAAACACGUCAUACGUAGCCCAUCAGUUUAGGGUUCCAUUGAUCUCCAUAACUGGGCUCAAUCACCAUGGUCAACCAGUUCUAUUCGGCUGUGGAUUGCUUCAUUAUGAAUCCGAUUCUUCUUACAUUUGGCUACUCCAAAAUUGGCUCCAUGCAAUGUCAGAAAACCACCCUGUCUCCAUCACAACCGAACCCAAUCAUCACAUUCAGAUGGCUGUUUCACAGGUUUUGCCCCAAACCCAUCAUCGAUUCUGUAAAUGGAGCAUAUUUAGAGAAACCCAACAGAAACUCUCUCAUAUUUAUCAAACACGACCUUCAUUUGAUAAAGAUUUUGGGAAUUGCAUUCAUGAAACAGAGAAAGUAGAAGAGUUUGAAUCUUGUUGGCAAUCUCUUCUUAAAAAAUACUCCCUGAUAAACAACGAAUGGCUUCAAUCAAUCUACAAUGCACGUCAUCAAUGGGUUCCUGUUUACCUCCAAGACACAUUUUUUGGAGAAUUAUACACAAAAAUCCCCGAACAAACCCUAAAUUUGUUCUUCGAUGGUUACAUGGAUGCCACAACUUCAAUCCAAUCUGUAAUCAAACAAUACGAAGCUGCAAUAUCAUAUUGGAAUGAGAUGGAAUUGAAGGCAGAUUUUGAAACAACAAACACAAUGCCACUUCUUAAAACCCCAUCUCCCAUGGAAAAACAAGCUGCCAAUCUUUACACCAGAAGGGCAUUUUUGAAAUUUCAAGAGGAACUAGUCGAGACCCUUGCAAACCCUGCAACUAAGCUUGAAGAUAAUGGAGCUUUCACAACAUUUCAAGUGGCAAAGUUUGGGGAAGAACAGAAACAUCAGAAAGGGUAUAUUGUGAGGUUUAAUUCAUUUGAAAUGAAAGCUAAUUGCAGUUGCCAUAUGUUUGAGUUUUUAGGGAUUAUUUGUCGACAUGUUUUAUCGGUUUUUAGAGCGAAAAAUGUUCUUACACUUCCUUCUCAGUAUAUUUUGAAGAGGUGGACAAGGGAUGCUAAGAGAGGUGGUGAAAUUGUAGUAUAUGGUCAAGAAUCACCAAAUGAUUCUUGUGGUAAUUCUUUGAAUGCAAGAUAUAAUAGUUUAAGGCAUGAAGCUAUAAAAUAUGUUGAAGAAGGAGCUAAGUCUAUAUCUGUUUAUAAUGUGGCAUUGGAAGCUUUACAAGUAGCUUCAAAGAAAGUUUCUGCUUCAAAGAGACAAAGUGUGAUGAUGAACAAUGGUGUGGUGUUAAAUGGAGAGAUGGAUCUUGGUAAUGGAAGUCAAGAAAUUGCGUAUCGAUCUAGAGGUGAGAAGGAAAAGAAAAUUCGGGAAUUGAGUGCUGAGCUGGAGGAUACAAAUAAAAAAUGUGAAGUAUAUCGUGCGAAUCUAUUGGCUGUUUUGAAAGAUAUGGAGGAACAGAAGCUGAAGCUCUCAGUUAAAGUGCAGAAUGCAAGGCUAAGCUUAAAAGAAUGAGUUGCUUUCAUCAGUUUUUGGCCAAAAGCAUGUUUGCAUUGAUCUUUUUAACCUCCACCAAAAGUGAAACCCAUGUACAUCAAAUCAAGCCACAUAUUAGUUGAAAUAUUUGUUGCAAUAAAGAAAUUCAGAAGGAAAUCUUGUUUU